AUGUUUCACUAAGGAUGCAGUUUUAACAUCUUGCGAACUGAGAGGUAGGUACUUCCAACUUUACUAUCCAGUUAUCUUAAUAUAAUCUUUUUAGUUUAAACCAGAGAUGUGUGGGACAUUGAUUUUUCAUGCCCCGCGGGACCGGCUCCGUAAAAUGCACAAACCAGUCACGCCCGAACCCCGUGGAUAUUCUUUAUGAGAGCCCUCGCUUCGCCUGUGCCCCGGCAAAUCUAUGCCCGCUUCGCCCGUACCCAUCACAGUCAGCUUCUUGGACCGACCCGCCCGACUCGCCAUUUUUGCGACGGGCUCCGCCCUGCCCCCGUGUAACCCGAAGAAUUUUUUUAUUUAUCAAAUAUUUUAUUUUUAAUAAUAUAUUCCUUUUAUAAAUAAACAAUUUUUACAAAAAAGAAACUUAAGUAGAGUCUAUGUGUGGGUCUUCAAAUAAAUUGCAGUCGAUCGAAUAAGUAUAAUAUCAUUAACUGUAGAUUGAUUGUAACUGGUUCAUGUGAACAAUUAAGUGAAUGGAUACCAAAUCAUUGUAUACCAUUAAAUCGUAUUGAUCGAACAGAAGAUGGGGAAACAUUUAAAGAAGCACAAGAAUUAUUAUUCAAUUCAAUUGAUACGAAUAAUCUUACUAAUAAUGAACAAUUAGAAGAAUAUCCAGCCAUAUUUGGUUAUUAUAAAAAUAUAUGUCGUACUGAUAUUGGAUGGUUAAUAGGUCAAUCAGAAAUACAAUUACGUUUUCAUUCAAAUUCUUUACAAAUAUGGUCAACAAAAUUACGUAAUAAAACAUUAUCAUUAAAAGUUUCUCCAAUUGAUUUAACAUAUCAACAAGAAAAUGAAGAAAUAACAUUAGAUUCAUUAAAUCAAAUAUAUACACGAACAUCAAAAGUAUUUAUUCAAUCAGCUAUAUUACAUUUAUCAGGUUGUGAAACAAAUAUUCAAAAUGAUUAUGGUGCAAUACUUGAAAAAGAUGAUUAUAUUAUUGUUAAAAUUCAAACAUUUGAACCUGAAAAUGUUGUUUAUCAUAUUGAUUUUUAUCUUGUUGAUGAACCAAUAUCAUUAACACAUCAUAUAGGAUUUGCAUAUGUUUUACCCAUACAUUCUAAUUAUGAAUUAACUGAUAAUAAACAUCUUAAUCGAACUGUACCGAUUAUUGGACUCAAACAUAAUCCAAUAGGACAAAUUAAAAUAGAUAUUUUAUUAAUUACACCAUUAAAAGGUAUUCAACAAAAAUUUCUCGUUACACUAUCAAAAUAUUGGCGUGAAGGUCGAAGACCAGUGAAUGUUGGUCAUAGAGGUUUAGGUAAAAUAAAUGUUGAACAUAGUUCAUCGAAAUAUCAAUCAACUGAUUUAAAUCGUCAUCGUUCAAAUGAUCUUUCAACGAAUGUAUCAAAUAAUUCUUCCUCAAAUUCAUCUAUAUCAUCAAUAACACGACCAGUUCAAACAAAAUUUGUUAGUGAAAAUACAUUAAUUUCAUUUCGAGAUGCAUUUCAACUUGGAUUUGAUUUUGUUGAAUUUGAUGUACAAUUAUCAAAAGAUAAAAUACCUGUUGUUUAUCAUGAUUUUCAAGUUGCUAUAACACUUAAACGUAAAUUUCAACAAGGUGAAUUAUUUGUUGUACCAGUUAAAGAUUUAACAUUACCACAAUUACAAUCAUUAAAAAUUUAUCAUGCUAGUAAAACAGAUGUUAGUAAAAUUGAAGAUGAAUUUGAUGAUGAUGAUGAACAAAUUAAUCAAGAAAAAUUUCGUUCUUUAUUUCCAACAUUACAAGAAUUAUUAGAACAACUUGAUCCUCAUCUUGGUUUUAAUGUUGAAAUAAAAUAUGCUAUGCAAUAUAGACAUGGUGGUUGUGAACAAAAUUAUUUUUUUGAAAGAAAUGAAUAUAUCGAUUGUAUUCUUCGUUGUCUUAUUACUUAUGCUGGUAAACGUGUUAUUGUUUUAUCAACAUUUGAUCCUGAUUGUGCAUCAAUGCUUCGUCGUAAACAAACAUUAUUUCCUGUAUUAUUUUUAACACAAGGUGAUAAAGGUGAUUGGCCACAAUUUUUAGAUGUACGAACAUGGUCAAUUAAUAUUGGUUUAUGUUUUAUUAUUGCUGAACAUUUAUCAGGUUUAGCUGCACCAGCAUUAGAUAUUCUUUCGGAUAAAGAUUUUGUAAAACAUGUGAAAAAUAAUGGAAAAUUAUUAUUUAUUUGGGGUGAUGAAGCAAAUAAUAAAGAUGUAUCGAAAUGUUUGAUUGAUUUAAAAGUUGAUGGUCUUAUAUUUGAUCAUAUAGCAGAACUUAAAGAUGAACAUUCAACAACAGAAAAUGUUUUUAUUGCUGAAGAACGUGAAGAGUUAGAAGUUCUUAAUGAUUUUCGUCAAAAACAACUUGAAUUAAAACAUCGUCAAUUAUUACAAGAACUUGAAAAUUUACAAUCAGCACGUGAAACAAACGAUUUAUCAAAAUUAACAACGAAUCAACAAUCUGAAUCACUUGGAAAUAUUGAUAACGUAUCAGAACAUAUUUCAAUAGAUUCAGAUUUUAAACAUGUUAUCUUUUUAACUCGACCAUAUAUUACUAUAGAAAAAUAUUUUGUUCUUGCAUUUCAAUCAUAUUUACCAACACAAUUUGAUGAAAAAUCAUGGUAUAUUCUAUUUGGUUUUAUGACAUUUUGUGCAUUAAUUAUUGCUUUUAUACUAAGUCGAUAUAUAACAAUAAAAGAUGCUGAUGAUGAUCCUGUUUAUCAACGAGCAAAAUUUUAUUCAAUGCAAAGAAAAUAUGGAAAAAUAAACUGA